AUGGAUCCUUUAUCAAAUCGUCAAAUUUGCAUCUACCCUCUAGAUGGUAGACCAAUAGAAGACCUGUAUGCACUAAAAUGUGGUCACCAUUUCUGCAAGGAAUGGAUCAAGCCUCAUUGUGAAAACCAGAUGGAGUGCAAGGUUCUUCCCUUCUGUCCUCUCUGUAAAGUUCCUAUUGAAGGAAACUUUUACUCUGGCCUGAUAAGUCCGGCUGCAAAGAAUCCAGAUAAUGAGAACUCAGUCAGAAUACUAAACGAAAAUGAAAAACUCUUCUGUCCUGCCUGUGAGAGUGGUGAAGUAAUCCUUCCAAGAUUAGACUAUGAAAGAAAGAAUGAGACCACUGACGAAGAGGAAAAGAAGUUCCUCACAGACCAAAACAUUGUGGCGAAAUGAAGAAAGGAGGGAGUCGAGUACUGUAAGUUUGUCAAGGUUAUUAGACAGUGAGCUUUCUAUUGAAAGUGCACAGAAUGUGGGUACCAGAUAUGUACUUAUUGCAAGAAGAAGUAUACUGAAGGCCAUGAGCUAUAUCUAUUCAGAGCUUGUCAUCCUCUGGAAAACGAGAGAAUGACAAACAUAGUCUGCUCCUUCCUUUGUGUCCCCUUAAUCGUGAUAUUUGAAAUCAUCUGUGCUCCUUUCUCCUUGUGCUACUAUCAAUGCUCAUUAUGCAGAAAUGACGAGAAAAGUGAUUUUAAUACUUAAAUAGACCCUUUUUGAAGAGUUGCACUUCCAUUAGAAAGAAGCAUAACAGAUGCUUUGUAGAAUGUUUCAUCACUCCUUGUCUAUUCAUACUUC